UAUACGUUGCUAUGACAUUUAAUGAACGCACAGUUAGGGCCACUCUACGCAAGAAGCUUGUGUAGUGGUAGGUCAGUAUGUAGUCAAAGCCCUGCAGUGGUGAAAAUAUAACACCUUAAUUUGUACUAAUCCGUGUCAUGGAUGCUGCUGAUCGUUCGAUGGACAGAUCCGGGCCCCCUGGGCUUACCUUCGCCUUGCCGUACUGCGCGAGCGACCCGAGUAGAAGUGGAUUAACAACGCACACGUAGCUGUGAAAUUCUUGACUCACCACGCGUCUUCGUCCUUGCCUCCCAACGCAAGAUGAAGUUUUGGUCCCCCUUUGCCUCUUUGCUGGCUAUUGCAGCUGCUGCACCUAAUAGCCGCGGUGGAAAUAUUAUUCGGCUUCCUCUUAACCGCAAGAGCACUGAGGUCGCUGGGCAUGUCGAUAUGAGUGCUCUCAAUACACACCUCAUUGGCGUUUCGAACAAGUAUCGUCAGACAUUUUCUGCAUUCGAAGCUAAAACCGGUUCUGCUCACCCUUUGAGCGGGAAGAUGCGGUCUUCUGUGGGAAAGCGUGGCGACGGUGUUGUUCCGCUUAUCAACCAAGGAGCUGAGCUAUGGUAUGGUGAAAUUGAUGUGGGCACGCCAAAACAAACAUUCAACGUAUCUAUCGACUCAGGAAGCACAGACCUUUUCCUUCCGUCUGUCUCUUGCUUGGAUUGCGCAGGCCACAAGAUGUAUGAUGCUGCGCUUUCUUCUACAGCCAAGGAUGAAUUAAAAAUAACCAUGCUAUCGUAUGGUGCAGGUAAAGUAGAGGGAAAUGAAUAUAGUGAUGACAUAUACCUUGGUGGCUACGAGGCCUCCAACCAGAUAUUCCUUGCUGCCUCUUCGUACUCCAGCAACUUCGUAUACCCGACUUUCCGGCCUGAUGGUCUUGUCGGUUUUGCUUUCGAGAACAUAUCUAGUCUUGAGGCAAAGUCAGUUUUCGAGACAAUAAGUGACAGUGGCGUACUCCCAGAAAACGUGUUCAGUGUCAAACUUUCUUCUACAUCCGGGGAGAGCGAGCUCUAUAUUGGAGGGAUGAACUCCGAUCUCUACGUUGAAGACACCUUGACCUAUACGGCCGUUACCGAGAAAGGGUACUGGCAAGUGAACCUAGAGGCGGUUUCGCGAGAUGGCUCUACGGUUGCCAGUAACAGCCCAUCUAUCAUCGAUACCGGGACCACGAUGAUCGUCACAGCUACUGAUGCUGCAGAGGCAUACUACCAGGGUAUUCCGGGUUCAAGCAGCAGUACUCAGGGGGAAAUAACAUAUUAUACCAUUCCGUGCAACACGAUCGGGUCAUACACUCCCACAUUUUCAUUUGGUGGACGCACCUUCGACGUUUCAGAGGCAACAUUCAAUCUUGGCCCGGAAAGUGCUGGUUCAAGCGACUGCUUGGGAGGCAUUGCUGGGAUGUCAGAUGUUGACUUUUGGGUUGUCGGGGGCGUUUUCCUGCAGAACGUUUACACAGUAUUCAAUCAAGGAAACAUUCAGGUGGGCUUUGCUGAACUGGCAUAAUCCUCAACCUCUUCAUUCUCUAUAUGGACUUGCUAUAAGGACAGCUCAUUUUCAAUUGCAAAUUUAGUACCUGUGUAUCACAUAUACCCUUAUAUACAGUUCUGCUAAGAAUCACCAUUUAUUGUUUCCUUUUGUUGAUUAUGACACAUGCCAGCCGCCCCAUACUAACCGACUCAGUUCUAUGUACCUGAGAACAAC